AUGUCGAGACGAUACGACGGCCGCACGACCACAUUCUCGCCAGAGGGCCGCCUCUUUCAGGUGGAGUAUGCCGUCGAGGCGAUCAACAACGCCGGAUCGGCUGUGGGCAUCCUCGCAAAGGACGGCAUUGUCAUUGCAGCGGAGAAGAAGACCGUGUCGAAGCUACUGACGCCGAGCAAAACCAGCGACAAGACCAUCAAGCUGGACGACCACCUGAUCUGUGCUGUUGCUGGCCUGACUGCCGACGCUAACAUCCUCGUGAACUACGCGCGGCUGUCGGCGCAGCGCUACGAGCUCGCGUACCAGGAGAAAGAACCGUGUGAACAGCUGGUACAGACCAUUUGCAACUACAAGCAGGCGUACACACAAUUUGGUGGCCAGCGUCCCUUUGGCGUGUCGUUUCUCUAUGCUGGCUGGGAUCGCCACCACGGCUUCCAGCUGUACCACAGCGAUCCGAGUGGUAAUUAUGGCGGCUGGAAGGCCACGGCCAUUGGUGCGAACAACCGCGCGGCCAAGAGCAUGCUGAAGAGCGACUACGAGAAAGACAUCACGGUGGAAGAGGCGCUGGUUUUUUCGGUGAAGGUCAUGAACAAGACCAUGGACUCGGCCACUCCCACGGCCGAAAAGCUGGAGUUCACGACGGUCACGCGGACUGCCGAUGGUAAGAUCGUGCAUCGCCAACUAACGGAAAGCGAGACGACAGCACUGCUGCAGCAGGCAAGCGCUGAUACAGCGGCUUCGGGUGACAUGUAG